UGACACACCGCUUAUUACUGGAGACUGGUUUGCGCAUGCGAAGAGGCACGCUGAGGCCACUUGUUCCAAUAGAUGCCCGUGUCGAGAGGCAUCGCUCGCUCUUGGAGCUCGCAGCGGGUUAUACGCCUUUAUUAUUAUUAUUAUUAUUUACAUAAACAAGACAUCUGAAAACAGGUAGGGGCAGAUCCUCAGGUCUGAUUUCUCCUCCACGCCUCUCCCGCUACUACGUCUCACGCAACAGGCUGCAUCACAAAUGUGGAGCCCGCACGCUGGAGAGCAGCAGCACCACUACCACCACCUGUAACUGUUGUGGCUCCCGACUUCUCAUGCCGACACCGAGGAUGAAGAAGCAAAACGUCCGGACCCUGUCGCUCAUCCUCUGCAUGUUCUCCUACUUGCUGGUGGGCGCCGCGGUGUUUGACGCGCUGGAGUCGGAGACGGAGAGCUCCCGCAGACGCAUCCUGGAGCAGAAGCGCAGCGAGAUGAAGAAGAAGUACCGCUUCUCCGAGGACGACUACCGCGAAAUCGAGCGAGUGGUGCUGCAGGCUGAGCCCCACCGCGCCGGGAGACAGUGGAAAUUUGCUGGCUCUUUCUACUUUGCCAUAACAGUGAUCACCACCAUUGGUUAUGGACAUGCAGCACCAGGCACAGAUGCAGGAAAGGUCUUCUGCAUGUUCUACGCCGUUCUGGGCAUCCCUCUCACUUUGGUAAUGUUCCAGAGCCUGGGAGAGAGGAUGAACACAUUUGUCCGCUAUCUCCUCCACAAGAUGAAGCAGUGCCUGGGCUGUCGACGCACCGAGGUGUCCAUGGAGAACAUGGUCCUGGUGGGCUUCCUCUCCUGCAUUGGUACACUGUGUGUUGGCGCCGCAGCCUUCUCCCACUUUGAGGGAUGGAGCUUCUUCCAUGCCUACUACUACUGUUUCAUCACGCUCACCACUAUCGGCUUCGGGGACUUCGUUGCCCUGCAGAAGAAGGAGGACCUCCAGGAGAAAACGCCCUACGUGGCGUUCAGCUUCAUGUACAUCCUGGUCGGGCUGACUGUCAUCGGGGCCUUCCUGAACUUGGUGGUGCUGCGCUUCCUCACCAUGAACACUGAGGAUGAGAGGAGGGAUGCUCAAGAGAGGGCAUCACUGAAGAGGGACAGGGGCCUGUUAGAUGGGACUCUGGGUCAUGAACAGAGCAGAGACAGCCACAGGGGAGAGAGGAGCAGGGCCAACGUGGUGCACAGUCGCAGCCACAGUACUCUCUUCCUCCCGAUGGAGCAAGGGACCAGCCGCACCAACCUCAUCGCCUCCCCGGCGGAGGAUCAGGAGAGGCAAAGGAGCCCCUGCAGACACAGGCUGCACUUUCAGAUCAAGGCUGGUGGAAGCAGGCCGGAGUCGAGCCUGAGCUCCCUCUGCUCCUGCGUCUGCUACCGUCUGGGGAUCUGUGAUAGUCCCCUCAUGUCCCACAGUGAGCACCACGGCUGCCACAUCAACUCUGUGUACUACAACUCAGUCUCCUACAGGAUCCAGGGCUGCUCGCCAGGGUCCAGGGACAACACCGGACUCUCUUCCCCUGGUAGCACACUAUCACCCGGGCACAGCUUCCGGGAGUUCCCUCGAUCAAGGAGAAAGUCGGUGUGAAGAGCGCCAACAGUAUUUCUAAUGACAUUGUAUUUUGUGUUACUCCUCUUUUGCGCAUGUCACAAGUCACUGAUUCUGUUAGAUAAGUUGUGGCUGAUGAAAAUUAUUCUAUUUGUUGAGCGAGGAUGAGAUUUCUUAUCCUCUUUUUACCAUGACAUGAUUUAUGUUUGUGAUUUUCCCCCCCGCAUGUAAGCCAAAGUGCAGUUGCAUGCCACAGAGAAUGUAUAGCACACAAUGUGAACGCACGAGUGCUAUGUCGAGAUGUAAAAACAGUUGUAAUCUACAGUUUUAACAGCAGUAUUUUGGAUAUAGUGCUUUUUAAUGACUGUAUACCUAUUCUGUGGAAGUAUGUGACAAAUCCUCAGUAGACUCCUGCUUUAGACAGAACAUAAACUAUUUUCAUGCCAUAGCUAAACGAUGUCAGUUUACUUUUUUAUUCAAAAAAACAGCCUUAAAGAACUACGAUCAAGCACAUGAGAUAUGUGGCUUCUUAGCUCAGUGAAUUUAAUAAUGAUCCUUUUAUUACUUAACUUUGGGUGGGUCAGAAUAACUAAAUGCACUCUAAUGUGGAGAGAUUGUGAUUGUACAUAAGUGACUUUAAUGGAUGUAGCACACAACAGAUAUGUAGCAGGUUUACCAGUGGACUUCCAAUGAUCCUGGGAGAAGUGUUACUUUUACAGCCAGUUUUCCUCGUAGAGUUGGUUUGUAGUCAGAUUCAGUGUGAGUCUAUGACAGUAUUGUUUUAU